AGUGUGAGCUAACCAAACGGACGAAAGUGAAGCAGUUCAGCGAAAGUGUUGACAAAUUGACAGUUUAGUUGUAAGCGGACAACGGUUUGUGCAGGAAGCGUGUUGCGUGCGUGGAGAAAGCUGUUGAUUAAAGUGAAAAUAAUAUAAAUUAAUUAAAAUUUUGAAAGAGCGUACAAGCGAUAAUUAAAUUAUUUAAUUAAUUUGCGAGCGAAAAGUUUUCAGUUGAUUUGGUGAUUGAAGAAUAAAAUAAUAAAAUUCUGAAUAAUAAUUUCUAAACAAUAAAAAAUGCAUGUAUAUAAACAAACAUUACAUGCAAACACACACACAAUAUAUUGAUUUUAGUUAGACAACAAAACAUUUGAACGCACAAACAUCACCACAAAUGAAAACGCACAACGAAAUUUCCACCAAUUAAAUUAAACGAAAGGCGCUUCGGUGGAGUACUUAAAAGUGCUGUCACGAAAACAAACGAAAUACACGCAAUUUCAAUAACAGUUCAUAAUUUCUUACUAUAAUUAACAAUGGCAUUGAAAAUUUCCUUAUUAAAAGCCGUACUGGCUGUUGUCAACACAGUGCUGCCGCUGCUUGGCAUUGGCUUAAUUGCGCUUUCCGUUUAUGAGUUGAACACCUCAACGCCUGGAACUAUGCAACACAUUUCGAUCGUAAUACAAAUAUUUAUUGGUUCGUUUGUCGUGUUAACUUCAUUCUUGGGUUGCUUUGGUCUGUGUCGCGAGUCGUUGGGGCUAACGUGGAGUUAUGUAAUAUGUAUGCUGAUCUUAGUCAUAUUCCAAAUUUAUUUGAUCACUGUCGCCGGCGUCACCGACUACGUUCAGAACACAACUGAUCAUUUGGACCAAUUAUGGAGUAAUGUCACAUUAAAUGCUGCCGAAAUUGCACAAGUUGAACAACAGUACGAAUGCUGUGGUAAAUUGGGUAAAGCGGAUUAUGUGAAAUUGGAUAAACGCAUACCGAGAAAUUGUUACCGAAACUUCUCUGGCACCGAAAGUGAUCUGUAUACGGAAAGUUGUCUAACGGUGCUACAAGAGAUGGCACGAAAGUGUGGCAGCACUGGAUUGGCGAUUAAAUUGACGUUAUUUGGUUUUGAGGUUCUGGCUUUAUUCUUCUCUGGGCUAAUGGGUAUUACUAUACGCCAUAAAAGAAGAAGAGAUCAAUUCGUAGACAACUAAGGAUCUACAGGAAAAGCUUUAAGUGUAUGUGUAUUAACACAUAAGUAUAUAAAAUAAUUGUUUAAAAAUGACGAAUUAAUUGGAUACCUGAAAUUAUUCACUAAGUGGCCAUAAACUCUCUCAAAAAAAAUAUCAAAAAAAAUGAUAGAAAAAUAAUUACAUCUGGUUCGCAACUGGCAGCCCUGCAGUAAAGCUCUGCUAUUGGAGAAAGAAAUUCUGCCAUUGCAGGGUUACCCAUUUGUAGCACAAAUUUGAGGAGUUAAUUUGGUCAGCAUGUGAAAAUCUAAUUGUUGUUGUACACCUGUUGCAUAAUAAUAUGUAUUAUAGUCUAAGUAUUUGGUGUAAAGCUUUUUAUAAUAUUUUUUUUUUAUACAAAUAUACACCCGAUUUUACGUAGUAUGCCAAUGUACAAUGUUAGAUUAUAUGUUAAAGAAGUAAUAAACAGGUAUAACAAAGUAUAUACAUAUAUGUUGACACGUA